AUGUCGAUUAAUCUUGGGGAGUCCCGGUCAGAACUUCUUCACUGGCUUAACAAUUUUUUAGAUCUUAACUACACCAAAGUCGAACAAUGUGGGACCGGUGCUGCGUAUUGUCAAAUCCUUGAUUCGAUAUACGGUGACGUUCCAAUGAACAAGGUUAAAUUCACAGUGCAGUUCGAAUACGAGUAUCUUCAAAACUAUAAAGUUCUUCAAUCAGCCUUCGCCAAGCAUGGAAUAGCCAAAGUUGUUUUGGUGGAGAAGCUUAGCAAGUGCAAACUUCAGGAUAAUUUGGAAUUCUUGCAAUGGUUGAAGAGGUUCUGGGCAGAAAAUAAAGACGAAACACAUUAUGAUCCAAACUCUAGAAGAAAAGCUCUACCAAAGAGCACAAGCAACUCCAGAACUGGAAGCUCUUUGAAACAAUCCCGACCAGCAACAAGAACCACCAGUCUGGUAACUAAUAACAAACCAACGAUGGCUAAAAGAAACCUCCUGGGUAUAAGGAAUACCAACGCUAACCAUGCUGCUUCUGCUUCUGCUACCACUACAAACGCUAGUCCAGUAAAGCCUUCAUCAACAACCAGAACCCGUAUGUUUGGCGCACCAGCCACUUCUAAACAUAGUACAACAGCUACAAAUGGUGGCCCAAUAAGACCAAAGGCUGGCGUAUCGGCACAACAAAUGAAGUUACAGAAAGAAUUGGAGAAAGAAAUUGAGGAAUUGCGUCAGGAAUUGGCAGGAGUAACUGAGGAACUUGAUGAGUACAAGGUUGCUGCGGAAGGAUUGGAAACAGAACGUAAUUUUUAUUUCAACAAGUUGAGAGAUAUUGAGAUUUUAAGCCAGGCCACCACCGACGAUUUGUCAGAGCAAGCAGAACAACAGCAUCAACAGCAGUUGAAUGGAGAUUUGACUAACGACGUUCUCAAAAACAAUCAAAGCUUAAUUGAAUUCGUGGAAAAAGUGCAAGACAUUUUAUAUUCUACAGAAGAAGGGUUCCAGGUGCCUGAUCAAGUUGAUGAAGAAGGAGAAGAGUUCAUUGAGCAGGAAAAUGAUAUCCUUGGUGAAGAGGAACCACUUGGUGAUGAUGAAAGUUUCUAA